AUGGUCUGUGGGAGCAUGGAUAACCUGAAGUGGGGUCAAGGGAUUCAUGGACUUGUUGUUAAGUUGGGAUUGGAUUCAAAUAUUUGUAUAUGCAACACUCUUCUUACCAUGUACUCUAAUGCUGGAAGACCUAAAGAAGCAGAAGAAUUGUUCCAAGAAAUGCCAGAGAGGGAUUUAAUAUCAUGGAAUUCAAUAAUGGCUGGAUAUGUUCUGGAUGGGAAGUUUCUGAAUGCUUUGAAAGUGUUGGUUCAAAUGUUGAAGCGGCUGCAUGCUCAAAUCCUGAAUUCAUUGCUGAAGGCAAGAUUGCUGAGCAAAGACCCUGUGACAUGGAAUAUUAUGAUUGCAGCAAAUACUCAUCAUGGUGAUGGGGAAGAAGCUAUAAAACUCUUUAUGGAGAUGCAAAGAGCUGGAGCUGAUCUCGAUCAGUUCAGCUUUUCUUCCUCUCUUGCUGCUACUGCAAAUUUAGCUAUUCUGGAUGAGGGGAAGCAGCUUCAUUGUCAGGCCAUUAAACUUGGAUUUGACUCAUAUCUGUAUGUCACCAAUGGCAUAAUGGAUAUGUAUGGGAAGUGUGCAGAAAUGGAUGAUGUUUUGAAAAUGCUUCCUGAACCAAACAUGAGAUCACGGCUAUCAUGGAACAUAUUAAUAUCAACUUUUGCCAGAUAUGGUUUAUUUGAUAAAGCUAGAGAAGCUUUUCACGAGAUGGUAAAGCUAGGGAUAAAGCCUGAUCAUGUAACCUUUGUCUCUCUUCUAUCUGCCUGUAGUCAUGGUGGCCUAGUAGAAGAGGGCCUUGCAUAUUUCAGUUUAAUGACUAGGCAGUUUGGUGUGCCAGCUCACAUAGAACACUAUGUGUGCAUAAUUGAUCUUCUUGGACGUUCAGGAAGGCUUUUUGAGGCAGAGAAUUUCAUUAAAGAAAUGCCGGUGCCACCAAAUGAGUUUGUCUGGCGAAGCUUGUUAGCUGCUUGUAGAAUCCAUGGAAAUGUGGAGCUGGGAAGGAAAGCCGCUGAAAAUAUUCUUCAAUUCAACCCAUCGGAUGAUUCGGCUUAUGUCCUUUUUUCCAAUGUUUGUGCUAAUUCUGGAAAAUGGGACCAUGUGGAGUACGUUAGAGAACACAUGCAGUCAUAUCGCGUCAAAAAGCAGCCAGCUUUCAACACAACGUUUACAUUGCAUGACACUGACGAAGACAGAAGAAACUCGGUCUUUGAAACCAUAGUUGAGAGACUUGCCUUGGAAAUGGAACCUUGGAUAUUUUAUCACUCUGGCUAA